GGGCUGCAUCCUGCAGCGGCGGCCUCCUGAGGAUACGGCACCCUUCAUUAAAGAUGACAUCACAGCAGGGAGGUCGAUCCUGUGUCAUGCUGGAGACCGACUCGGUAUAAAAGCCGUCAGCUCGGUGCCCCAACGAGCAGCAGCAGCCGCUCAGACAGAAGCGCCACAUCUGAGGACACGCCGGUGCCAGGACAGCAGCCUCUGUGGGAGCACUAACCGUCCCGGUUUAGCUUGAGGAGAUGGACGUGAACAUAUCCAGCAUCCUCCUCUUCCUCCUCCUGGUUUUGGCGGAGGCAACCCCUGACCGAUAUUACCAUAAGUCAAAAGUGAGCAGGAGCCCCUAUAACUCCAAGGGUCAUGUCAAGGGUUACGUGCCCGAACAAACACAGGGUCCUCAAGGUCCAGCAGGUGAACCAGGACCAAUGGGACCACCUGGACCUCCUGGGCAAAGUGGCGAAGGUUAUACUGGACCCCAAGGACCACCUGGACCUCCUGGACCAUCUGGCUACUCUAGUCCGGGUAAACCUGGUACCCCAGGUGGCCCUGGAAAACCAGGCAACCCUGGUAUCCCUGGUGAUAGAGGUGCACCUGGCGCACCUGGUCCAAUGGGUCCCAGAGGUGCACCAGGUUCCCCUGGAAGCCCUGGACCUGCUGGACUUUCUUCUGUUGGAAAACCUGGACCAGCUGGCUUUCCUGGCACAAUGGGACCAAGAGGAGAGCCUGGCUUGAAGGGACAUCCUGGUGUCCCUGGUCUUCCAGGCCAGAAAGGAGAGAGAGGCAUAGGAAUUACUGGUGCUCAAGGACCACAAGGUCCAGUUGGUGCAAUGGGCCCACCCGGUAUGCCUGGAACACCUGGGCUAGGCAAACCUGGUCCCACUGGUUAUCCCGGAGAACCUGGUAAGCCUGGAUCCCCAGGAAGAGAUGGUUCCCCAGGACCAAUGGGCAUGCAAGGGCCUAAGGGUCACAAUGGGGCUCCAGGUGUAGGAGCACCAGGGAAGCCAGGUCAGAAUGGUAGCCCAGGAUUGCCUGGGUCUAUGGGGCACAAAGGUCCACAAGGUCCACCAGGUCAGGCAGGAGCCCCUGGCAUGCCAGGUGUUGGCAAACCAGGUGAACCUGGAAUACCAGGUGGCAGAGGUUCACCUGGUACACCAGGAACAACUGGUCAGAAAGGAGAGCCAGGCCCUGUUGGCUUUACUGGUCAUACAGGUGCUCCUGGCCCUGUUGGCCCAGCUGGUCCUCAAGGUGCAAGGGGAUUCCAAGGUGAGGCAGGCCCAAUUGGACCCAAAGGUGACACUGGUAUGGUAGGUGCACCAGGUCCUAGGGGACAGAAAGGUGACCAGGGAGCUCAGGGUUUCACUGGAAAGCCAGGUAUUCCCGGGGCACCUGGUCCUCAAGGACAUCAAGGUCAUACUGGUCCCCAGGGUGACAAGGGUGCACAAGGUCACGCAGGUGCACCAGGCAUUCCAGGUGCACCAGGUGCUCCAGGAAUGAAAGGACAUCAAGGCCCUGGUGGAGCACCUGGAAAAAGUGGUGACAAUGGAAUGCCUGGCCCUAGGGGACCACCUGGUGCCCCUGGGCCAGAAGGUCCUGCUGGACUCAAGGGCCAACCAGGUAUUCCAGGCCCACCCGGCCCUGCUGGCAUGACAGCCAAGGGAAUAUCUGGUCCUGAAGGACCACCUGGAAUUCCUGGUGCCAGAGGGAAUGAUGGACUUCCAGGCCCCACUGGUCCUCCUGGUCCACCUGGCCCACCAGGUGAGGUAGUCUACUACAAUGAGAAGAGCAUGCCAAUUAAGUCCCAUGAGGUGGUGAUGCCACAUGAGAUGAUGAAGGCCCCCAUGUCUGCCUUCAGUGCUGUUUUGACGACAGCCUACCCUCCAGCAGGAACCCCAAUACAGUUCAACCAGGUUCUAUAUAACGGCGAGCAGCACUACGACACCAACAGUGGGGUGUUCACCUGCCAGAUCCCAGGCCUUUACUACUUCAGCUACCACGUUCAUGUCAACGGCGCCAAUGCCCUAGUGGCUCUCUACAGAAACGAGGAACCAGUUCUGUUCACUUAUGAUGAGUACAACAAGGGUUUCCUGGAUCAGAUGUCCGGCAGUGCUGUUCUGAUGCUGGAUCUCCAUGACAGAGUCUAUGUCCAGGUCCCCGAUGAUGAGAGUAACGGUAUAUUUGCAGCUGACAAUGUUCACUGUGCUUUCUCUGGGUUCUUGAUUGCUUCAACGUGAUUUCACAAAUUCAGUCCAAACAACAAAACCAUUAAAAUGAUGCAGUCAAAUAAAGAUAAAAAGAAAGUCUGGCUGCGCUGACUGGCCAAUAAUCAGAAUGAGUCUAAAUGUUGCUAAAAAGAUACUCUGCAGACAGAGAAAUGAGGACUAAGUGAAAAUUUGUGCGAUUCUAUUAGCUACUGUUUCCUGGUUCUCCAUAUGUGCCUUUGGAAUUUUAAGGAUCGUGAAGCGAUGUUUAGAAGAUUCGUGGUGCUUUGCCUGUAACAUUUACAGCGCGUCUUAUGUGAUUAUUUUCUGAUGUCUGUUUGUGUCAUUUUCCUUUAAUGUACAUUUGAAACACGUGCCAAACUGUUGCCCCGUCGUGCAACAGGGAAAAAGAAAAAAAGACAAGAAGAAAUCUUUUUUAAUGUCAACAAAAGUGUUCCAUGAGAAGUUAUGUACCACUAUGUCAGCAAAAACCAAGAAUAAAGUCUGAAACAGAGAAA